AUGAGAGAAGCUUGUGAAUUAGGGAAAGGUACUGAUGAAUAUUUUGCAAGACCUCUUGAAGAUAAUUUAUUUGAAUGGCAUUUUACUGUUCAUGGACCACCUAUGUCUGAAUUCGAAGGCGGAGUUUAUCAUGGAAGAAUUUUAUUACCUACAGAAUAUCCAAUGAAGCCUCCUAAUAUUAUUUUACUAACGCCAAAUGGUCGUUUUGAAACACAUAAAAAAAUUUGCCUUAGCAUAACAGGAUAUCAUCCAGAAACGUGGCAGCCAUCUUGGUCUAUUAGAACUGCCUUAUUAGCAUUAAUUGCAUUUAUGUCAUCUCCAGGAAAUGGUGCAAUAGGGUCUCUUGAAUACACUUCAGAAGAAAGAAAACUCCUUGCUAAAAAAUCAAUUAAUUGGGAAUGUAAUAAAUGUGGAAAAAUUGCUAAUUUAUUAUCAAAAUUUAAAUGUGAACCAAUUACAAAAGAAGAAAGCAAUUUAAUUAAUAGGAUAUCAUUAAAAGCAGAAGAUACAGCCAAAACUGAAUUAGAAAAAAAUUUAGAAAAUAAUAAAGAAGAAGACCUUUUUGAAAUGACAAAUAGUAAAAAUUCGACUAUUCCAUGUGGUCAAAAUUCUAAUGAAUCAGCGUCACAAACUGUGCCUGAAGUAGUUGCUGAAUCUAAUGAUGAUACCCUGAAGAGUUUUAUGUGGCUUUUAAUUGCAAUUAUUACUCUAUUAUUGGCCAGAAGGCUUUUCUUUCUUUAA